UCUUACACUUUAUAAAGAUGAGUAAGAAACUUUUCUCUUUACAGCCUGUUCUAAACACAAGUUGUGACAGUUCAAGGUUACAACAUGAGCUGCUAAGCAGUUUUACAGACUUUUUAUGACCUCUAUAAAGUUGAAAAUAAUAAAAGGGUUAAAGAGGCUCACUGUCAGUUAAUCUACCAGUCACCGUGAGUACUGCACAGGUUGUGAAAACAGUUGUAUAAUGUUUUCUGUGGCUCUUGAGAAAAUUACCUAAGUGACAUCACCAAGGUAUCUGGGCUCAGGCUUGAAGAAUACACAUUUUAAAUUGCCAUAGAUUAUGAAAGAUUUGUUUCACUUCACUUCGUUCUAAUGUGGAACAAGAGGUCAAACAGAAGCUAAACAUGUUGGAACAUCAGUACAAAAAGCAGAUCCUUUUGUUCCAAAAUGUACUAAGAAUUCUUAUCCUGUAUCAUAUCAGCUAGCAUGGGACAUGGUACGUACUAAAAUUCGUACAAUGAAAUAGAAUUUGUAAUUAAGGGCCUCGAUAAUGCUGUCUUUUCUGAAAAGAAUGGUAUUAGACCUUUAGCUCCAUAUUUUGUAUCCAACACUGUUGAAAGAAUAUCAUUCAUACUUGGACACAGUUGUAUUCUGAAGAAAAUUACCAAACUGGAUUCAUCUUCAAGACAAGCCUCAACAAGUUCAGGACCAGACACAGGAGUUAAUGACUGUAUAUUCUGUGUUUGAUGAUUGUGCAAUAUCCUGCUGCAUUAUUUGGAAAGACUUAAUUUGGAUCUGCUGGGGAAAGCUUUUCAGGACACAUUUUCAACUGAGCGACCUGGUGCAGGCCACUGAAUCCAGUCAAAAGUAACUAAAUACAAGGAGACAUGGGGAAAGGCCUCUUCAUCAGCAAAGCAGUGGCAGUAACCUGCGUGGUUGCAGCCAUCAGUGCUGUGGCCACCAUCAUAGGCCUGUCUGUGGUUUACGCUAAGGAGAAGACAAAGAAUGAAGUGACACCUCCAAAUACUGCCAGCCCCACCAGCCCCACCAGCCCCACCAGCCCCACCACACCCUCCACCCCCAAGGAGCCCUGGCAGCGCUACAGACUUCCAGACUCCCUUGUUCCUGUCUGGUACAAUGUCACCCUGUGGCCCAGGCUGGAGCCCAACGCAGACGGCAUGUACAUCUUCAAAGGACACUCCAUUGUGGUCUUCAAAUGUGUGAAGGAAACCGACCUCAUCAUCAUCCACUCUAACAAGCUGAACCUCACCAGCUUUGAGGGACACCAAGCCGUAUUGGGGGGCCUCGAUGGAGCCACUGUGCCCAGCCUGAAAAAGUCCUGGCUGGAGAUUCCCACCCAGUACCUGGUGGUCCAGCUCAACAGCCCACUGAAGGCCGGCAGCACAUAUACACUUUUUACCGAGUUUGUUGGAGAGCUGGCUGAUGACCUGGGAGGAUUCUACAGGAGUGAAUACAAAGAAGAUGGAGUGAUAAAAGUUGUUGCCACGACUCAAAUGCAGCCAACGGAUGCCAGGAAAGCCUUCCCCUGCUUCGAUGAGCCCGCAAUGAAAGCUGUCUUCUACAUGACUCUCAUUCACCCCCAUGGGACGGUGGCUCUGUCCAACGCCAUGAACUACGACCCUGUUAACAUCACUUUGGAUGGACACAAUUUAAUUCAGACACGUUUUGAACCGACAGAGAUUAUGUCAACCUACUUGCUGGCUUUUGUUGUGUGUGAUUUCACAUUCACGACAAACACGACGAAUCCCCAUGCAGACGUUUUGAUCAGGAUCUGGGCUCGUAGGAAGGCUAUAGAGGAGGGCCAGGGAAACUAUGCCCUGGAGAAGACUGGGCCCAUACUAACAUUCUUUGAGAACUACUACAAGUCUCCUUACCCCCUGAACAAGUCAGACCAGAUCGCUCUUCCUGACUUCAGUGCUGGAGCCAUGGAGAACUGGGGCCUGAUCACCUACAGAGAAACAGCCCUCUUAUAUAAUCCUGGCGUGUCAUCCAAUGGAGACAAGGAGUGGGUGGCAACAGUCAUCUCGCAUGAGCUCGCUCAUAUGUGGUUUGGGAACUUGGUGACCACACGGUGGUGGAAUGACUUGUGGCUCAACGAGGGGUUUGCCACCUAUGUCUCUUAUCUUGGAGCCAACUAUGUUGAACCAACGUGGAAUAUGAAAGAUUUAAUAGUUUUGAAUGAGAUCAUUGGUGUGAUGGCUGUGGAUGCCUUGGCCUCCUCCCAUCCCCUCUCGUCCAAAGAGGAGGACAUCCUGAAGCCGGAGGACAUCAGUGCACUGUUUGACUCCAUCACAUACAGCAAGGGAGCUGCUGUCCUUAGGAUGCUCUCAGAGUUUAUCACUGAGGCUGUCUUUUCAAAAGGACUCCAGACAUACUUAGAGGAGUUCAAGUAUAAGAACACAGUCUACACAGACCUCUGGAGGCACCUGCAAGUGGCAGUGGAUGAAUCCAGCAUAAUGCUGCAGCACUCUGUAGAGACUAUCAUGAACCGGUGGAUUCUACAGAUGGGGUUCCCAGUGGUCACCAUCAACACCAAGACUGGAAGAAUCACCCAGAAUCAUUUCUUGUUGGACCCAGACUCUGUCGUGGACACACCCUCAGUGUACAAUUAUGAGUGGUUUGUCCCAAUUACAUGGAUUAAGACGGGUGGAGUGGAACAGCAGUACUGGCUUCUUAACAAAGAAGCAACAAACACAAACAUGACUCUAGGUGCUAAUGAUUGGCUGGUGGCCAAUGUAGAUAUGAAGGGCUUCUACAGAGUCAACUAUGACCCUGAAAACUGGGUGCGUCUACUCACCAAGCUGAGCUCCAAACAUCAGGAUAUUCCAGUGAUCAACCGAGCUCAAAUUAUUGACGAUGCUUUUAACCUCGCAAGGGCAAAGCUGGUGGACACAACUUUGGCUCUGAAGACUACCAAGUUCCUCAGUAAAGAAGUUGAAUACAUACCCUGGGAGACAGCCAGUCGCAACUUGAACUAUUUCUUCCUGAUGUUUGACCGCAGUGAAGUGUAUGGACCCAUGCAGGCUUACCUAAAGAAACAGGUCACCCCUCUGUUUAACUACUUCAAAGAGCUCACUGUCAACUGGACAAAGAUUCCAGAAAAGCACACGGACCAGUACAACCAGGUGAAUGCAAUCUCUAAGGCCUGCAGCACGGGAGUGGAAGGCUGUGAGGAGCUGACCACUGGCUGGUUCAGAGAGUGGAUGAACAAUCCAGCUAAAAACAACAUUAGUGCCAACUUGAAGUACGCAGUGUACUGCAGUGCGAUUGCAGCAGGAGGAGUGGAUGAGUGGGACUUUGCUUGGUCCAUGUACAAGAACACCACCAUUGCUUCGGAGGCUGAUAAACUGAUGUCUGCUCUGUCCUGCACCAAACAGCCCUGGCUGCUGAACAGGUAUCUGGAGUACUGUCUGGACCCAAAGAAGAUCCGUAAGCAGGAUGCCACCUCCACCAUCGUUUCCAUAGCUCGUAACUCCAUCGGUCAACCCCUGGCAUGGGACUUUGUCAGAGCCAAAUGGGACCACCUAUUCAAUGACUAUGGUGGUGGAUCAAUUUCUUUUGGAGGACUAAUUAAUGGAGUGACCCAACGAUUCUCCUCUGAGUUUGAGUACAAGCAGUUGCUGCAGUUCAAAGAAGACAACGCAGGGCAGUUAGGCUCGGCCGCCCCGUCUCUUGAGCAGGCACUGGAGAGAACCAAGGCCAACAUGAACUGGGUGGCCAAGAACAAGGAUCAGGUGCUUAAAUGGUUCCAAAGUGAAGCUUCUUCUCCCGUUUAAUGCUCUAAUGUUUAAUGCUAAAGUUUUUAAAUGUUUUUAAAUAAAUGAGAUUGUUUUACUCCAGCUGGAACCAAAUGUAUACAUGUUCUAAAUCUAAUGGAGCUUUUUUAAAGGUAAAGUUUUGAUAAUGAAUUUUUAUGGAUAAAGACUAUUUGAUACCAAAAUCUAGUUUUGUAUGUGGACACUAUGUUUUAAUACUGUACGUACUGUCAACAUAAGAAGGAGUUUAGGGGAAUUUAAAGAUUUUGACUAAAUGACAAAAGUGUGAUAUUCUGUGCUUAGCAGGCUGCAUCCCCAUAUGUUUUGCAUAUGUUGUGGAUCCCAGUCUAAUUAAAUAAAAGUCAUAUGAAGUUGUGACAUUU